GUUUCAAGAGUCAGAGAGAGAGAGAGAGAGAGAGAGAGAGCAGUGAAGGUCAGCAGAGCGGUUUUCAUGUGCAACUCGGGGCAGACAGAACGAGGUGUGACUUUUGCUUGUUGCCUCCACUUUGAAGAUACCUUUUGAUGCUGGGUCAACAGCACUGAUACCCUGAACGACCACAGCAGAUCACAUGCAGUCUCAGCAAAGUGCGCAAGUGGCCGGAGAACCAAAUGGCUCCGAGGGUGUUUUCCCCGGGGGGGCUGGAGUUUCUUCACAUCAACACAUCCUCACUUCUCCAGAGCUGACCCACGAGGUGGUCAUCAUCUCCCCCGGGCUCCCCACGCCUCCUCUCAGCCCUUUCCGCUCAGCCAGGCAGUCAUCUGGAGACUUCAAGGUGUCAGAGGUCAAUGGAGGCAGCCCAGGAACUCUCAGCUUUGGCUCAUACUAUGGACCGUCACAGUCACACAGCGGACUGUCGAAUGGUGUCCAGGCUGCGGGGACUUUACCACGGAGCUGGACGCCCACCAGGGAGGAGAGGCUCAUCAAGUUCCAAGGCAUCGGACCGGUGGAUGAGACUGGGAUGCCCAUCGCCUCCAGAUCGAGUGUUAACAAGCCCAGAGACUGGUACAAGAGCAUGUUCAGACAGAUUCACAAGAAGCCAGAGGAACUGGAGGAUUUGGAGCCGUGGUCGACUGAGAGGUUCCAGUUGUCUGCCAACACAGAGGAAAGCAACGAAGCAGACAUGAAUCUCUUCAGGCUAACGCCUCACGGGGCUCUUCCAGACUGGAGCGAAGAUGUAGAUAAGCUAUCAGAGCCAGGAAAGCAGCACCGUCAACCGAAGAGUAUCUUCGACUUUGAGCCUGGAAAGACGAGCGGCUCUGAGAGCCACGGCCAGACUCAGUUAUUCCCAUCAAAACAGCCUGAAAGGGAAAAGUCUCCUUCAAUUGAGGCCAGUCUGGUAUCUGAGCUGAGUCGAUUUGAGGCUGAACUGGAUUCGGAGAUUCAGGGCCUAGAGCGAAGCCUCCUAGAGAAGAAGCAGCAUCGAGGCCGGGGUGAGGAGACUCGAGGCAGAGGUCCAGAGACUGCUCCACACUACACCGGCACCACUAACUACAACAACUUCUCAGCAACAAAGCAGCCCGUCCAGCGCUCUGUCGCUCCGUCCUCAGCCUCGGCUCCUUCGUAUGUAGAACGUCUCUCCACUGCAGAUGAAAUCAUGGAGCUUCCACAUAAAAAAGAGGAGAAAAAGAUGAAAGCAGCACGAGCCAAAUUUAAUUUCCAGGCCCAGUCACCUAAGGAGCUCACGCUGCAGAAAGGCGACAUUGUUUACAUCCACAGACAGGUCGACGCCAACUGGUUUGAAGGAGAGCAUCACGGACGAGCCGGCAUUUUCCCUACUUCUUACGUGGAGAUUCUGCCACCAACAGAGAAGCCGACUCCGAUAAAGUCUCCCACUCUCCAGGUUUUGGACUAUGGAGAGGCCGUGGCUUUAUAUAACUUCAAUGCGGACCUCCCUGUGGAGCUUUCUUUUCGUAAAGGUGAGGUGAUCAGCAUCAGCAGGCGAGUGGAUGAUCAGUGGCUGGAGGGCAGGAUCUCAGGAACAAACCGCAGUGGGAUCUUCCCCGCCUCUUAUGUCCAGGUCAACAAGAUGCCUCGCACCAAGUACUCCACGGAGGACUACUCGCCGGGCCCCGUGUCCCCCAUUCCUCCUGGACCCCAGAGUCCAGGACGCCCACUUCACUCCCCCUGCCACUCGCCGCUGUCGCCUCUCACGCCCACCUCACUGAGCCCCAAACCUCCGCACUCCCCCGUCAAGCCGUCCUCGCCCGUGCCGUACGGCAGCCCCGCCUCACAGUCACGCUCCCCCACCCAGUCACCCGUGUCCAGAGAAAUGGGUAACCGUUUGCCGCACGGCACCUCCCGAACCGCUUCACCCACCAGCCUGAACAGCCACUGGUCCGGGACGCACUCGCCGAGUCAGAGCUCCCCGGCUCGAGCCGUCUCGCCCUCCGGGCCGCCUGCGGCGUCGGCGCUCAGAGCGGGAGCUCCCACCGCCAGCAGCCUCAGAUACACUGACCCCUCGCAGGGGGCAAUACCAAGCCGGACGGCUCUGUCUAAUCCACAUGUCAGCUCUCUGCCGCACCAGCGAGCACUAAACCACUCCGCUUCAGCCCUGGGACAAAGGCAACCGUAUAAAGCUGUUUACAACUACAAGCCUCAGAAUUCAGACGAGCUGGAGCUCAGAGAAGGAGACAUUGUGCAAGUGAUGGAGAAAUGUGAUGACGGCUGGUUUGUAGGUACGUCGGAGCGGACUCGUGCUUUCGGAACUUUUCCUGGGAAUUACGUUGCACCGGUUUGACUCCCUCACCUGCUGCUUGGCCACACCCAUCAGGACUCACGGGAGUUAAUGAUAACCCUCCUCCCCCAUCACCCUCCACAUUCCAACACCUGGCUUAGUAAGGCCUGCAUGUUCACUAAACCCCCCCUCUGAUGGGUGAAGGGAGGGUCGCAAUGUGCCCCCCCCCCCCCCCCCCCCCCCAGCCCUGCAUGUUUGCACACACGUCUAUGUGUGUGACACAGAGUCACGGAGAGUGUUUUCACCCACAUCACUAGAAUGGAGAGAAUGAAUGCUGAUGAUACUGUUUCAGAUGCAGAGAAUGGAUUGUUUGUUCCACAACUGUUUGCAGCUGCAGGACAUUUGCAUUCCUUCCCACUGAACAGCACUGUUCCCUCCGAGGUCGACGCUGCAUUCAGCUUUUUUGUCCCCACAGUGCAAUCACAAACCACUGCUGAGAUUUGUGAAUGAAAUUUCACCCUCUGAACAUUCUGUUGGAUUAAUUCUGUUUCCUUUGAAUACUUUUUCCCAGACUUUUCCUCAGACGUUUGAAAAGACCCAGGAAUAUUCAGAGAAAACUACAAGAACAUGUGUAAAUAGAACUCACAGUAAAGCACAGUAAGAGCUUCACCGUAAGUUUACAGUCUGCGGGCUUUUAUGCAGAAAAUUUAAUGGACUCAAUGCAAUGUACUGAUUUCUUGAGCAGGUUUGGAUAUAAAUACAUUUACAACACCUGAACAAUGAAGUGAAUUUCCAAGGCCGGUCAUAUUCUGUGCUGUUAUAGGAGCAUUUUGUUUUAGAAAUCACAUUUAGAAAUCACAUCUCUGUAAGUUGUACAAGAUCAGCUACACUGACCGACUGUAAAACGACAAAUGCUUCCAUUCCAAACAGUUAAUCUUUGAAAGCUGAAUUAAUGCUGUGUGUCAAAGCUAACAUUUAAUGACAAGACUCCACUCAUUUUAUUCCUGCUGUUUGCUGCUGCUGCUUUUACAGAAUUCAUUGUCAACAUUGUCACUUUGAAAUCAGUAUUUACAAAAUCACGAAUGUUUGUGCCAGAAAAAAAAAAACUUUUGCAAAUUUGUGAGACUUUUUUUAAAUCCUUAUCAUGAAGUUAUUUUUCAAUUUUAUACGACUCUUUCAGAUUUUCAUUGUAAAAUGUUAAUCAUAUUUAGUAGACGCACGAGAUGAUUGUACAGACUGUAACCCUUUAUCAAACUGAAAAAAUAAUAUAUAUUUGCUAUGAAGACAUUGUAUUUCCUAUGUGUAUGGUACGCUAUUUUCUAAGACGUCUAUUAAACAUUACAGAGUGA